UUGUGGCAAAAGAAGGUUCUUCAGAUUAUAAAAAGAUUAUUGUUGUGUACUGGACAGCAGCUUUUUUCCAAAAUGUUGAAUCUUAUUCUGGUUCUCUCUGGAGUUUGUACAGUGGGCAUGGCCAUGCCUUUACCUGAUUUCUACUCUUACUCCCUGGCUGCUGGGGAAGGCAGUGGGACUGAAUAUUCUACUGCACAUGUGGGUCGCAUCACUGGUAUCAGAAUCUGGGAAUACAGUAGCGCAUACAUUGGUGGAAUCCAGCUGAGUUAUGAUGGUAACUGGACAACACUUGUUUGUGCAAACUAUGGCACUCAGAUGGAGAUGACACUUCUUGACAAUGAAUCCAUCGUUCAGGUGUCUGGAAAGUACGACUAUGGCUACAUCUAUGAGCUUAUGUUUGUCACUAGUCAAGGCCGAUCUUUUAAAGUGGGACAACCUUCUGGAAUCUCAUUUAACUUCUACCCGACCCAUGAUGGAAGUGAGCUACGCUUUCUCAGUGGUCGACACAAUGGAUAUGGAAUCACCUCCAUUGGGGCUCACUGGGCAGUCUACCACACCAGUGACAACAGUGUAACACCUUAAGAUCGUAAUU